AGUUUUUAUAAAUCCGAAGCCCACCUCAUUUAUUUUCUUUUCCUUGUGAAAUUCGUGACAGCUAUAGAUUUUUCUAUUUUCCUUUUUCCAUACGUUCCUUUUAAGUGCUUCGCUAUUUCCACAUCAUGCAAAGUUGGGGCUGUUCGGAAAUUUGGAUAUAAAGCUAGACACUCAGAGGAGAAGUUUAUUACCGCAUGCAGAGAAAAAGGAAGAACUAUAGCUAAGGAGAAGAAGAUAAAUUAAGGAAGCAAAGGAGAAGAAAAUAUCAAACAUAAAUGGCAGCCAACUGCACCACCGUUCCUCUUCUCACGCCUUACAAAAUGGGAAAUUUCAACCUCUCUCACAGGGUAGUGCUAGCACCAUUGACUAGAGUUAGAUCCUACAACAACAUUCCACAACGACAUGCCAUCUUAUACUACUCCCAGCGUUCAAGCAAUGGUGGGUUUCUCAUUACUGAAGCAACUGGGGUUUCCAACACAGCACAAGGUUACCCAGAAACGCCUGGAAUUUGGACAAAAGAACAAGUGGAAGCAUGGAAACCGAUCGUGGAAGCUGUUCACGACAAGGGAGGCAUCUUCUUUUGUCAAAUUUGGCAUGUCGGCCGCGCCUCUAGCUACGCUUUUCUGCCUAAUGGUCAAGCUCCAAUCUCAUGUACUGAUAAAGGGGUGACACCAGGCCUUGAUGGGAUGGAUUGGUCACCUCCUCGUCGGCUUAGAACCGAUGAAAUCCCCGGCAUUAUCAAUGACUUCAGGUUGGCUGCCAAGAAUGCCAUUGAAGCGGGAUUUGAUGGGGUUGAGAUCCAUGGUGCAAAUGGUUACUUACUUGAUCAGUUCAUGAAAAACCAAGUAAAUGACAGAACAGACAAGUAUGGAGGAAGCUUGGAAAACAGGUGCCGGUUUCCACUGGAAAUAGUUGAAGCUGUGGUGAAUGAAAUAGGAGCAGACAGGGUUGGAAUGAGACUAUCACCUUAUGCCACUUAUAUGGAAGCUGGCGACUCAAACCCUGAAGCAUUAGGCCUUUACAUGGCAAAUGAAGUUAACAAGUUUGGCAUCCUUUACCUUCACGUUAUUGAGCCACGGAUGAUUAAAAUUAAUGACAAGUAUGAAACUCCUCACAGCCUUUUGCCAAUGAGGAAAGCUUUCAAGGGGACUUUCAUUGCUGCUGGAGGGUACAAUAGAGAAGAUGGUAACAAGGCUAUUGCUGACAAUUACUCGGAUUUGGUUGCAUUUGGGAGAUUGUUCUUGGCUAAUCCGGAUUUGCCAAGGCGAUUUCAGCUCAAUGCUCCUCUUAAUAAGUACAAUCGGGACACCUUCUACAUCCCGGAUCCGGUCAUUGGCUAUACGGAUUAUCCAUUCCUUGAAGAUUCUUCUUAACCAAACAAAUUGCUUUGCAUGUAAUAGGGAAGAAGGUAUUGAAGUACAAAACAUUGAUGGUUUACCCAAUGGAAGGAUUGUUAUUAGUAUGAAGUUCUGAUUGGGAUGAAUAAAAUGUUUAUUUGUGCUCCAACCUCCUGUGAGAAAUAGAAACAAAAUUGUAAAACCAGGCUCAUUGGCCACAACAACUCCCACCUUAACAAAACCAAGCACAUUGGCCAGUGGCCACUGACCGACAUUUCUUUUACGCCAUUUAAUAUUGGACCAACUUGUUCUUUUUUGUGGAAGUAUAACAUUUUCAAGAUAUCAAAGAAUCAACGAGACUUUUAAUUUAGUGAGAAAAAAAGACCGUCAUGAAAGCUG